AAUUUUUACAUGAAGGCAUUAGAGUUAGAGGAAGAGCUCUCUUUCCCUGGUUUCAGUUUUCUUCUGAAGCAAUUUGAUAGAGCUUAAGAUUAUCCAUGGAAUCGUCUGCAAGGGUUCUCUCCCCGACUCAAUUUCCUUCUCUUUUUCCAUUACCCAAUUUAAAUAGAAGCAGAGUUUUCCCACUCUGGCCAACGAAGCCGAAAGCCUCUAAGUUUACUCGCUUACAGUUACAAUGCCAUAAGAUGUAUGUUCCCGGGUUUGGAGAAGCGUCACCAGAAGCGAAGGCGGCCAAAAAUCUGCACAAUUUCUUCACGUAUGUUGCUGUUAGGAUCGUAAUUGCGCAGCUUGAGAGCUAUAAUCCAGAGGCACACGUGGAGUUAAUGGAGUUUCUUGAUAGACAUUCACUGAAUGAUGGGGACAAGUUCCUGGCCAGUUUGAUGCGCGAAUCGUCUAGGCAUAAGAGUCUUGCAUUGCGCAUACUAGAGGUUCGAUCUGCAUACUGCAAAAACGAUUUUGAGUGGGACAACCUCAAGCGAUUAGCAUCCAAAAUGGCGAGUGAAUCCAACACGAGAUUGAUGAGGGAAUAUGUGACAGAGACGAGUCCAUCGGAAACUGAGAAGUGAUGAAGUUCUGCACCUUCUCUUCUUUUUGCAGUUAAAUAAGCGAGAGAAUACAUAAAUCCAGUGUGUGUAUGACAUAUGAGUAAAGGCACCAGUAUGGCAACCCAACAUGUAAGGGCUUUAUACCAAACAAAAACUGGCAAACCCAGUGAUGAAAUAUAGACAUUGAUUCUGAAAUCUUCUUGCAAACUACACGUUACUAUUAAAACAAUUUAAGUUACUGAGAUGUUGCAAAGCC